GUGAAGCAAGCAACAUUAGAAACUGUUUUAAAUUUUCUCAACUUCACUUCGUAAAAAAAACAAACUCACAAAAUGUCUUUCAUGACUCGUGAAUAUAAGUUCAAUACUACCCUACAAAUGAGCAAAAAAGAUCAACACACCAUGGCCAUGCGCAGUCUGAGGAAGUUGGUGAAACCUUUGCUGAGGUUGGUCAAGAAGAAACAGCUCAUGCGCAAAACCUUGGCAGAAAUUCAGCAAAACACCUACAAUGCCAGUCUGGAAGAUAUGCGCAAAGAUCCCAUUUCCAUCAAUGCCAGCAAAGACAAUGUGGCCAAUGAGGCUUUGGAGCAGCGUUUGUAUUCGGAAAUCCGCAAGUGUCCCGCCAAUGCCGCCGUCAUUGUGCAACAGGGUCAGCAACAGCAUCUGGUGCCGGUCAAUCAGCAGCAGAGCUAUAUACCAGUGCAUUUUGCACGCACCGAUAGUGGCACCUUCUUUUGGACCUCCAUGGAUGCAGUUCAGCAGCAAGAAAUGAAAAUGCGAUCCCAAUUGGAUAGAUGGGCUCAGGCCUGAAGAGAAGGCGAGCAGCAGCAAAACAAAAAUUAUUUCUCAAAUUUUUGUUCUUGAAUUCAAGUGUGGACCAGAGGUAUCAGCUUUAAAAAUUUAGACAAAUUUUCUUCAGCUUUCCGCCACAUGGAAAAUUUGUUUUAAAUGCUUUAGUUUUCUUAUUGGUGAUAUUAGUUUUUAUAGGUUUUUUCUUUUUUUUUUCGUUUAAAGAAAAAUGUGUUUAUAAAAAUCUUUAGUGUUCAUAUUCAGUAAUUGAUAUUCAAUUGUAUUCUAUGUAUGUACAUUUUUUUCGGGAAAUAUUUUUCCUGUGUAACUAUUAGUAAUAGUUUUAUAGUUGAAAGAAUAAUUUAUUGUGAUUUAAUUUACUUUGCAUUGUGUGUAAAUGAUCAUUGUCUUCCUGUAGUUGUUAGGAAUUUUUAUAUAUUUAGUUUUAUAAAAAAGAAAUCAAUUGUCUUCCAUGUAAAAUCUACUUUUAAGGGGUUUUAGUUUU